GGACGCGUCAGGGUCUGAUUCUCUCCCCCCCAACCCCCCAGUUAUCCCUCAGUUUACCUUCGGACUAGCCUGCUAUGGACUACCCAAGUCCUCCGAACAGCCAGGACGGAUUUUGAGAAACAUAUUUUUCGCUUGCUCCUCAGGAUUUUCCACUUUGAAGUCAGCAGGAUGGCUGAAAAGGAGCCCAACACGCCAAGGAAACUAAAGACAUUAUUAUAGCCAGAAUUGGCUCUUCUUCUUUUUUUUUUUCGGAACAAGGGGCCUAUCCGAGCGGACUAUUUCUUUUCCUAACUUUCCCCUCCGUGUAUAAUGGAUGGCAGAGAUUUUGGACCCCCCCGAUCUGUCCACGUACCACCUCCGUUGUUGGCCGGGCUCGCAAUGGAGUCUCACCGACUCGGAGCAGCAGCAGCGACCGGGAGGAUCCCUCCCUCGCCCGGCCACUUGGGCGCGAGUCAUCCGCCGCCUCUCCACUCCGGAAAAUUCUUGUCAACGGCCAUUAACUUGCAUCCACACCACAGUGAUGCCUUCCAGGCGGGCUCCAGUCCCUUCCUGUCGGGCUAUCCAGGCCCCUCCUCCUUGACCUCUGACCCAACGUACAGAACGGCCAAUCCCAGCAGUUUGCAGAUGGCUCAGCUCUGGGCAUCACACGCUCAUGAAGGGUACUCUCAUCUGCCCAGCAGCCUGUACUCCAACUCGUACCUCUCCCUGGGGCACCUGGAUCCUCCUUCACUGUCCUCGCACCCUCUCUACGACUCUCACAAAGAAGGCUUCUACAUGCCGACCUCAUUUGGCCAGUUGCCCCUGCACCCUUCAUCCGCUCCCCAGAUCGCCCCGUCCGGCUCCACCCCCCCACAGAGGACGCCGCGGGACGCCGCGAGGGAGCGACAUAUCCGCAGCGAGAGGGAGCGAGAGAGGGAGCGAGAGAGGGAGCGGUCGAGGGAGGAGCAGAGGCCUCACAGCGUGGUGGAUCUGACGCAGGACGCGAGGAGCGAGGAGGAGCGCCGGGGGAGGAGCGGCGACCGGGAGCGAGAUAGAGAAAGGGACCGGAACGCGGAGAGGGACAGAGACGUUUGGUCCUUUAACCCUCACCUGAACCAGCCCAAGUCACAACCAUCGGUAGCGGAGCACAGAUCCAGGCCGUCGCCUCCUCGGCCCUCGUUUCCUUCAGGUGGAGGCGGGGUCAGGUUUCAUGGGCCGGAAACAGACAGAGGGGGUCGAGAUGAGGAGGGGGGCUCUCGACCCCACAACCACAACUCCAAUAACUCGAACUCUGAGAGGCAAAGGAGGAACGACUCUGUGGCCGCGUCAGCCCAGAACCUCCAUGUCUCCUACUCCCACCCUCCUGCACUUCACCCCUCCCCAGCAGGCCUGCCCCACCCCUCCACACCCAGAGACCCAAUCCGAGAGCAACGAGUCAGCGCACCGACGUAUGUGCCUUCUGUGGAGGUUUAUGACGAGCGGGCCGGGCCGAUUCAGAUCGCGUCGCAGGCCCGGGACAAACACGCCGAGAAACACAGAGAACACAGGGAGAGGGAGAGAGAGCGAGAGAGGGAGAGAAACAGGGAGCGGGAGAGCUACAGGUUUCCCGAGAGGAGCCUCAUGGAGCAUCCUCGUCUCUCCGGCGACACAAGCAAUCAUCGAGAGGAAGGUUCUGUCAUUUGUUCGAACGGUUCCAACGCGAAACGAGGCCAGGACACGCCUUUCUCCUCCGGCCAAUCAAGGUUCAGCCCAGAGAGCCGGGACGCCUCCAAACACUCCAUACGAUUGGGCGUAGAGCGGACGGGGGCGGAGCCAAAGUGGAACUCCACAAUCAGCCCGUUAGCCAAUUACGCUACGAGCCACAUGGCCGCUCUGGCAGCCCAACACGGACACACCAUCUCUCCCACACACACACAAAUGUCCCCGCACACAACCCAUCGACCCAGUAGCAACACACACUCCACCCACAGCCACUCCCACACGCACCCUCCCCAACACGGACAGACAGGUGAGGAGGCGGGUCAGAGGUGCUUCCUUGACCCGGCAGCGCUCUACAGACCGGGGGGGUCGUUAGCGGGAGGGUCCAGUAGUGGAGAGCGAGGGGGGUCGGAUCCCACAGAGGUCUCAGCCAUGCAGAGUCUGAUUAAAUACAGCGGGAACUUCGCUGCUGAGGGUCCCGGCUCAUCCCGGCACGCCGCGGAGGCCCGGGGACCCUUCGGCGGCCUGGGCCACAUCGGGCCCGAAGAAAGAGAACGGGAGAGGGAGAAGGAGAGAGAGAGGGAGCGAGAACGGCAGAGGGAGAAGGAGAGAGAGAGGGAGAGAGACAGGGAGAGGGUGUCGAUGGGGUCAGGGUCCCUGAGGGUGCCCCCCCAGCUCAAGAGGGAGCAGGAGCGUCCGGACAGUGCGCGCUCGUUCGGCCGGGAGGGCGAAGGGGAGGUGCGGCAUCCUCCGGUGGGCAUCGCGGUCGCUGUGGCCCGGCAGAGAGACAGCGGGAGCAGCAGCAAACCGAGCAGUGGACCCUCAGACGCACAGAGGACUCUGCUGCAAACUGUCAUCAAAGACGAGGAGCGAGUAGAGGAGCGAGCUCGCCACCACGAUGAGCGACUGCUGGCAGGCCGGCUGGAGCGCGAGCAGGAGAAAGUGCUCAGUGAGUCCAAGGAGCUGGCAGAGUUCACUCAGAUGCACCCCACCCCGUUGUCCAAUGGCUUGACGUCGAGUAUAAUGACGCCCAGCCUCAUGACCCCUAACCUCAUGGUGACGGGAGGGGCCGCCCUGGCAGGGGCAGGGCGAUGGCCUCCUGACCACUCAAAUCUGACUUCUCAUCCCUGGAUGACCCGGCCUGGAGCCCCUCCAGUCUGGCUCCCCGGCUCACCGUACAGCCUGGGUCCGUCCUCACUCCACCAGUCCCUCCCCCCAGGAUACCCACCCUCUCUGCAAGGCUCCAUGCCCCCGCCGUACCAGUUUGCCAGGGACCCUCAAUCCGGACAGCUAAUAGUCAUCCCCACUGAACACCUUCCUCACUACGGAGGUGACGUUCUGGAGCGUGGAGCCCCGGUGUGGUCUGGGGUUUACGGCACCAGCAGCUCGCUGCAGCACGCGGCCCAGCUUCAGCUCCUCUCCCAGCAGCAGAUGCUCCGACAACAGGAGCUGCUCAUGAUCCAACAGCACACAGCGCAAGUCCUCGAGCUGCAGAGGAACGCACAGUUUGUCGAGCGUUUAAAGGCCAGCGAGCACCGGCCGGAGAUGGAAGACAAAGCCGACAAGCGGAACGCCGAGCCAAAGCCCCGCCCCUCCUCCAUAUCGUCCCAUUCCCCGUCGCCCAUCCUGCACCCCCGCAAGCACCCCGCUCCCUCUCGCACUCCAACCCCGUCGUCCUCUUCCCUCACGCCGCUGCCUCCGCUGCUCCCCUCGCCCGUGACCACCCUGAAGUCCGAGGAGGGCGAGAGGGCGUUGUCGCGCCCGUCGACCAUGCCCCUGCCUCACCCGCCUUCCCCGCGCUCCGCCUCCCCGCCCCCCUCCUCGCCGCGGCGGCCUAAACAGGAGGCGACCGAGGAGGGCGAGGCGGGGCGGCGGGAGCAGAGGUGUGGGCAGAAGUCGGCUUCGGCGGCGUUUCAAGGGAUCUACUCUGAUCUCUCUCCAAGUUACCCUUACCAGUCCAUUACUGCCCCGUUUGGCUCGCCUUUCCCCCCUUAUCACAUCCCAGCACCCGCUGGAGCAAACACAGAGGUUUUACCACCGCAUCACUCCCGCUCCCCCGCACCUUCAGCCCCUCCUCCUUUAGCCCACCUCCAUCCACGGCAGCUGGACGCAGACGUCAAGCCACAACAACUGGAGCCUUCAAAGACGGCAUCUUUCCUCAAGCAGGAGCCCAUCCCCGAGCAGCAGCUCCUCGACAUGAGGAGUCCUCUCCGGCGGGGCUUCAGUCCAGCUCUGGCCGCCGAGGACAGGGGGAGAGACGCCCCGAAGCCCCUUCUUCCCCAACCACUACCUCUGCUUGUUCCGAGCGCUCCGCUGCAGCAGGCGGAAAGACUUCAAGAACACAGGGAGGAGGAGAAGGACAGAGGUGAAAUCAAAGUGGAGGUUUUAUCUUACUCCUGUCAGGCAGCUUUCCCCCCGCCUCCUCUGCUCGUAGAGGAGCCUAAACCAGAGGUAGACAAGAACCCAGAACGAUAUCCCCGCAUGGCUUCAGACCCUGACAGCGAGGAGUCGGCUCUGCCGCUGGUACAAUCCAGUGGGUGUGAACAAGAACAGCCAGACACGCACAUCAACUCGCAAACUCCCGUUCAGAAAGAAAGUGUCACUGAAACUCCUGUUUACCCUCCUCACCACGCCAACUCCCGGCUCCCCUUGCUCAUCAGUCCAGAGGAUCCCAUGGCCGGGAUGCUCGCGCUGCUGACAGCCAGUGAGAUGGCCCAGGCGCACCCCAGCACGCCGCCCGCCCCGGCACCCUUACCACACAUAGAAAAUUCUCUUUUAGGCUUAGACUGCAGCAGCACGGGUGCUUUGGAGCUGGUGGCACUGGAAGGGAUGGCGCUGCUCAGCCAAAUGGCCCAGAAGGAGAUGGAGCAAAUGAACCAAGGGCAAGAUCUGACUUUAGAGGGUUUGGACUGUCUUCUGGAAGCGAGCAGACAGAUUUUGCUGGAGGCCAUCGAGAAACAGUCCCACAUCGACCUGUCCAGAACACUGGACCCCAACAAGAAGUACAGCUGGAGGCAGAGGAAGGAGGAGCCGCUCUUCAGUAAAAUGUCUCUGGACGUAAUGGACGCAGUGGAGGUGGAAUACCGCGUCCGCCUAGCCGAGCUGCAGAAGACGUACAAGGAGAAGCAGAGAGAUCUGAGCAAGCUGCAGAGACGCACAGACAAGUGUGAGCGGCACCAACAGGAGGAUGAGAGGCGGAGUCUGACCAGACGGGGCAGAGGACGACCCAGGAAGAGAAAACACCUAACCACACCCCCCAAGCUGGAAAGCAGGCCUGCAAAGGUCAGUAGGACAGUGCAAUACUCUGAGGACUCUGAAGCUGGGGAUGGACAGAGGAAAAGGUUCGGGCUGUCCCGAGAAGAAGAGGACACCGAGACGGGAAGUGUAGGAGUGAAGGUGAAAAAGAAAAAGAAGAAGAAGAAGAAGAGCUGGAACGACCAGGAGCCGUCAACCAGUAAUGCUUUGGAGGUUUUGAAGUCGAAGCACGGCCACUUGUGUGAGCAAGAGCAGCUGGCGUCAGACCUCAACAGAGCACUCUCCCUCUCGCAGCUCAGCUCGCUGAACGUGCCUCGCAAGCUCUCCUCCAGCUCGAAGUCGGACAAGUCCAAAGGCAAGUCGACGGAGAGUCGGAUGAAGGAGCGCAGCGUCCAUUCGUCCGCCAAGGCGGGGAAACACAAGAUUGCCGCCAAGGCUCCUUCUCCUUCUUCUUUGGAGAACGUCCGAAAGCUGAAAGGUCAGAAGAAGACUGCUCUGUUCUCUCCGAUGAGGUCAGAGCUCAGCAGCUGCUCCAACAACUCAGAUUCAGAGGAACACAAUUCUGCCCGAGGGGGCUGGCCCUCUCUUUCAGGGACGCAUCCACACGGAGACCCGAACAGGAAGAGGCGUCCUGAGUCUUCGCCAACCUCCCUGCUGUCCAGGCAGAAGUCUCAGAAGAAGAAACACAAGCACUUAUCGCUGCUGCUGGAGGAAGCUGGCCUCAGCUCCUCUGACGACUCCUUCGACCAAGAAACCUCUGAGGAAGAUGAUGAUGAUGAGGAAGACGAGACAGAUUCGGACGAUGACGGCGCCUGUGAGGAGAGCGGGCUGGGUCUGCUGGCUAGGUUUGCGGCGAGCGCGCUCCCUGUCAGCUCCACGCCGUUAAGCCUUCUCCACGAUGGUAAACACCGAAGCCUGCAGAGCACUCUGGGGUCUUCAGAGUGCGAGUGGUCGGACUCUGGGUCGGACUUGCGGCUGAGGAAGUUCCCCUCUCUAAUGCACGGCAAACGCUCCGCCCCUGAGCUCCCCCUGUUGCCCCCCGUGACCCGCCGCAACGACCAGGCCAGCCACAAAAGAGACGAAAUCAAACGCAAGCCCUUACCCAAACCCCGCCCCUCAACGCGCUCCCCGCGGCGAUUUAGCUUGGACCUGAACGCGAGCGGGCUGUGGGGCUUCAGCGAGGAUGAGGGGUGGAACAGGCGACGCAGCGAGAGGAUUUUCCUUCACGACGCCACGACCACGGCCGGCCAUACGUCCACACCGACCCCGUCUUCCACCAGCCAGAGCUCCUCCUCUUCCACCUGCCAGAGCUCCUCCUCGUCCUCCUCUACCUCCUCCUCCAGCCUCCCGUCUCUCACGCCGAAGCCCGCCUCCAAAUCCAAACCCACUGCACCCAGCAGAGAGGGGAAAGAUGUGGUGAAAAAAAAGAAGCUGAAGGACUCUCCUCUGCCUCUGAGCCCAUCCUCUCUGUGUAGUCCAAUCACAGACGUCCCCGCGCCACUGAGCCUCAGCCCGGCACUCAAGAGCCAACCGAAAGCUAAAACCAAGACCAGAGAGCCGCCCAGAGGAGCGGUGAGCCGGCUGAUGGAGAGCAUGGCGGCAGACGAAGACUUCGAGCCGAACCAGGACAGCAGCUUCAGCGAGGAUGAACUCCUUCCACAGUGCAGGAAGAGUGUUUCAGAGCGCUCCUCCACACCUGCUCCGGUGCAGUGCGUGUUGGAUAAAGAUUCUCUGGUGGACGGUCUCAGAGUUUUGAUCCCCAUGGACGACCAGCUGCUGUAUGCAGGACAUGUGAACACCGUGCACUCCCCCGACAUAUACAGCGUGGUGGUGGAAGGGGAGAGAGGGAACCGGCCGCACAUCUACUGCUUGGAACAACUGCUGCAGGAGGCGAUCAUCGAUGUGAAGCCUCCGUCCGUGCGCUACCUCCCAGAGGGCACCCGCAUCGCUGCCUACUGGAGCCAGCAGUACCGCUGCCUCUACCCCGGCACUGUUGUCAACGGGAGUUCGGAUAUCGAUGAGAAUGACGACCUCAUCACGGUGGAGUUUGACGAUGGCGACGGACGCAUCCCCCUCUCCCACAUCAGGCUGCUGCCCCCAGACUACAAGAUCCACUGCGCGGAGCCGUCCCCUGCCCUGCUUGUGGCCAGCUGCUCUCGGCGGCGAGUCCGCAAGUGCAGCAAAGAAGGCAAAGAGGCGGGGAAGAAGCCGGAGGAGAGCGCUCCCAAGAUCAAAGGAAAACCUGGACGCAAACCCAAACCUAAACCAGACACCUCUAUGAUCCAAGAAAGCCAUGAGAAAUCUGAGCCUCCAUCCUGCUCCAUCCAGCCGGCCGACAGACCCCCGACUGCUUCCAAACCUUCUCAGGACCGGUCCUCCUCUGUCCAGAAAGCAGCUAACGAGAAGCCCCGUCCAGCGUCACGGCCGACCAUGCAGGCAAAGCCGGGCCGCACCAACUCCGCCCCGACCCCGACAAGUAGCCCCACCCUGCCCAACCUCGUUCCCAGAAAGUCUAGCUCCUCCCAGCCUCCAGCUCUUAAGCCGACCCGCUCUCUCCCUCCGUCCCUCUAUCCAAACACCUACGGGAAAGUCCUGACUGUGGAUCUGUACAGCGAGCCCAACCUGAGCUCGUACAACAACCAGCGCAGAGAAACCCUAAGCAGCGUCAGUCCGUCUAAUAACAGGCCAAUAUCCAGACCCAGUUUGGUGACAUCAUCAUCUGCACCCAAACCUGGAUCCUUACCCAGACCCUCUUCUGCUUCCAAAACUAAACCCUCCUUGGACCACCACAGCAGCUCCAGACCCAGCCUCGGCUCUGGGCUCGGCUCCAUCUCCAGGCUCCCUGCAGGCAAACCUUCCUCCUCGCUGACUCACAGGCCUUCAUCGUCGUCGUUGUCCUCCUCGUCGGCCCCCAGACCCAAACUGAAGAUUCCGUCCGAGCAGCUCUCCUCCGUCUCCAGACCCAAAUCUGGAUCAGGGAAGAGUGACAUGGGCUCUUUGGUGAGGCGCAAGUCGGCGGAGCCCCUGGUGAAGCUGGACCACGAAGGCGUCACCUCCCCGAAAACCAAGAAGACGAAGGCUCUGAUGCUGCUGGAGGGGCGGGGCGUCAGGCGAGACCACACCCCAAUCGCCACGGCCAAUCAAAAGCUGUUAAAGGCCAAACCGAGAGCUCCAGAUCGCGGGGCCGUCCUUCCGGAGAAAGACUCCUCCUACAAAGCUUCCGUGCUGGCUAAAGAGAAGGCGGAGUGUCGUGGCGGUGCAGGAAGAGGACAAGAGGUGGAGGCAAGGGAGGAGAAAGUGAAAAAGGAAGAGAGGAAGCCGCCGGAGAAACGAGAGGAGAGGAAGGUGAAGGUGAAGGAGGAGUCUCAGAGCAGCAGCAGCUCCGAGUCGGAGGAGGAAGGAAAGAAAGGGAAGAUGAAGAAAAAGAAGAAGUGCACGUCAAGCUGCUCCUCCUCCUCUUCAUCCUGCUCCGGUUCCUCCUCCUCUUCUUCAUCGUCUUCGUCGUCGUCGUCGUCGUCCACCGAUGACUCCUCCUGCAGCUCGGACGAAGAGAGGACCCCGACCCCUACUCCGGCCCCCGCCUCCUCUGCUCCAGCGCAGGAGAAACAGAAGGAAGGACCGGAGGAGGAGGAGGAGGAAGAGAGUGACGAUACGGAGAAGGAGGCGGAGUUAAAAGUAGAAGACGAAGAAGAGCUUUCUCCACCCUCACGCUCUACCUCCCCUUCAUCCUCUCCGACCCCCGAUACUCCGGCCAAACCUGCAAAACCAGCGACGGGGAAGGGGUCGGGACAGAGGGGGCGGCCUCCCAAACCGAAGCCCAGCGGAGGGGAGGGGAAAGUGGGGAGACCCAAGCGCAGAGAGGGCGUUCACCUCCCCACAACCAAGGAGCUCGCGAAGCGUCAGAGGCUCCCCAGCGUGGAGAACCGGCCCAAAAUCUCCGCCUUCCUCCCAGCCAGGCAGCUGUGGAAGUGGUUUGGGAAACCGACACAGAGACGCGGUAUGAAAGGAAAAGCUAAGAAGCUCUUCUACAAGGCCAUCGUGCGAGGCAGAGAGAUGAUCCGGAUCGGCGACUGUGCCGUGUUCCUCUCGGCCGGCCGGCCCAACCUGCCCUUCAUCGGCCGCAUCCAGAGCAUGUGGGAGUCGUGGGGCAGCAACAUGGUGGUCAGGGUCAACUGGUUUUAUCAUCCGGAGGAGACGAACCCCGGCAAGAAACUCACCGACAAGAAGAACUGGGAUCAGAUGUGUGGUCAGUCUCUACCAGCAGCUCUGCACUCUUCUAUCCAGAGGAAAGACUUCAUGGAGCGGGCCCUGUACCAGUCGUCUCACAGCGACGAGAACGACGUGCAGACGGUCAGCCACAAGUGCCUGGUGGUCAGCGUGGAGGAGUACGAGCAGAUGACGCACACACGCCGCUACGCCGACAGCGAGGACCUCUACUACCUGGCCGGCACCUACGAACCCACCACCGGCAUGAUCUUCAACACAGACGGAGUCCCGGUGAUCUGCUGAACGAAACGCAGGAACCCGGGAAAAAACCAAAAUCAGGACCUCGACUGUGGACUUCUCAAAAAACCAGUCUGGGGGGGGGGGGGGGGUCUUUUUUAUUUUUCAUGAGGGAUCUUUCACAGCUCAACAAACUCAACCGCUCCGACACCAACGACACACACUGACAGACUGUCACAAACAUUUUCUACUACGGAGACGGGAGAAUCUACAGAC